CCUUCUUCGACCUCGACAUCACGCCUUGAGACAUUCCCGCACAAGGCUUGGCGGCCAUGCCGUCCAUCAUGUCCACGGCAGCGCCCUCUUAUCAGCCUGGACCUGGUCAUGCUGCUGCGCGCCUAUAUCCAUCGAGCGAGGGCCGGCUUGGUGGCGCCAAGCUUGCUGACCAGGGGAAUCUCGACCAACUGCUUCAGGGCCACGGAGCAGGCUCGAGUCCCAGCAAUGGCAACGUAUACUACCAGACGCCCAGCUACGAAGCUGCAGCGCCCACAAGCAUACCCUCCAUCGUCCAAGACGUGGUGCGCCGCCAAGUAGCAGAGGAAACCUUCACUGCCUCCAACACCUCGGAGCUUCCCACGUCGGCCACGACAAUCCAGGGUCAACCCUCGGCGACAGCAACUGCACUCUCACACCAGAAUCUCCUGGCCAUCAUGCCAGACUUUGCCUUCUCCAUGCCCGCUCAAAUCGUAGUCGCGGGAAUCAACAUCGCCCUCGUCUCGGUCCUAGGUGUCCACCUCCUCUUCACCGUCCACUACCACCUGCCCUUAAGUCGCGCCAACUGGAGUCUGCAAAUCAGCAGCACCCUCAUCCUGUUGAUCAACUUGAGCGUUCACCUCAAUACCAAUCUGACCUCCCUCGAGGCAAAGAGCCACCAGUGGCCAUUCAUGUUUCCCUACCUCGCGUCCGGCCUCCCACCAGGGGACGGAUCAUGGACCAAAGUGCAGGAAGCCUUCUUCCUACUCAUGCGGGCAAUCACUACCGUUUUGAUCCACCUGACGCACAUCCAGUUCCUCACUCUCCUCUUCCCCUCGGCACUCGAGGCCCGUCUCAUCCUCUGGAUGCUCGGCCCCCUAGCCAUUGCGGCUGCCGGGAUGGAGUUCACCUGGCUCUCUCCGGAGGAUGAUGUCAAGACUUCCGAUUUGGGCGACGCCAUCCGCAACAUAUGCAACAGUACUCUCACAUUGCUAUACACCUGCGCCCUCAUCAUCUGGGGCGGUCUCGUCAAUCGACGAAGAGCAUGGCGCUCAGAUGGCGGGACCGCAGCCUUCGGCGGCGGAGCUAUGGGGCUUGCCGUCAUGAACACGGCGAUGUCCUUUGUCCAGAUUCGCUACGACCGGCUAUGGUGGUUGCCAGACAUCUGCUGGACUUUGACCAUCUGGCAGUCAUGGCUGGGCUUUUGGUGGUGGUGCGGCGCUGGUAUGGGAAUCGGUGAGGUCGAGGAUCGAGCAGAACGCGAGGCGAGACGAAAGAAGAGGAGGGAGAAGAUCAAGAGGAAAUUAGAAAAGGAGGAGAGGCAAAGAAGGAAAGCAGAGCAGGCUGCGGAGGAUGGGUCUGACGUGUUGUUGGGCAUCAAGAGGAUCAAGGACAAGAUUACCUUGACGACGACGUCCGAGGGCGGUUUGAAGGACUCUACGCUCAGUAGGAGGAUCAGGGGCAAAGCAGAGGCAAGCACGGAGAACGAAGAUAUUGAGCUUCGCGAAAUUGCCACGCAUGCAGAGGAAGGUCAGGACGAUGCUGCUGCGGGCGAACAGCCAGACCGUCAGGCCGGUCGAGACGGUCCUGCCCUCACCAGCGUCUCGGUCGUAGACGAUCACCGCACGCAGGACGGAUCAUCGGACUCCAACCCCACGACCUCCGCCCAGACAGGCCCCACGCACAGCCACUCUGGCUGGAUGGGUCGCGUGGGCGAGAUGGUUGAUCACUACCAACCGUCCUUUAUCCGUCGACGCAUGCGUAGGUUGCGGAUCGCGCACGCGGCAGCUGCCAAGAAGGCAGCGACGGAACAGACCAUCCUGCGCAAUCAAGUACUCAAUGCCAAUCGCCAGCCUGGACUUCGAGCUAUGAUGUUCGAUCAUGCUGCGCAGGCGCAGGGAUCGGGCCCAGGACAGGGUGGAGGAGGGAGAUCGUCAAGACGAGCAUCAGCCGUGCCACAACGAGGGCACGGAGCAGAAGGGGAGGCAUCACGAGACAGCGGUGCCCGACGUGCGAGCAGUCUUGCCUCAGCGAAUCCCUUCGCAAGCAGCACUCGCGUUGCCACUACCGCCACGAGCCCUUCGAGUGAUGGGGGGCCUGCCCUCGCUGGGGAUCAGCGCUCCGUCCUUGCGCGAGCGAGUCAGGACGGGUGUGAUGGCGGGGAGCAGGAUCAGGAGUGGAUCGAUGAGCGCCAUGGAGAGGAGGACAGGGACGAGGAUGAGGACGAUUCGCCAGGGUCGGGCACUGCGCAGCCAGUGGCCGAGGAAGUAAGAAGAGCCCGCUGGAGGCAGGGCAUCGACAGGGUGAGAUUAAGGGACAGGCAGAGAUAUGAUUGAUGUUUCGACUUGCCUGUGCUUGCUUCUUGAGCUUGAGUUGACACGACACGACAAUGUAUUACUAGAUGUGGUCUUCUCGACAAGGCAAUGUGGCUGAUGUUGUGACGGAAGAUGAUGUCGGCCAGUGAGGGGCACGAGGCGAUCGACUGGGCGUGAACUGGUUCUGUGCAACCUGAGUCCUGCUCCUCGAUAACAAUAUGGUCUACAUUGGCGGAGAAGUACGAUCGUAUUGCAAUAGAUCAGGCCAUGACGCCUCCUGGAUGAUGGAGAGUAGAGUAGAAUCGGCGGCAGCGGCUACUUCGCCUCGGCGUCACGUCAAUGC